CGGAGAGGAGUCCCUUCCCCUCUGUUGCUGUGCGGUGAAGUUGUCGUGUGGUCUCGCGGAGAUGGAGCUGUCCGGAGUCGGAUGCCAGCGAACAACACGUGAGAGACAUCCGCUCUGACCCUAAAGAAGAUUUAAACAAGUUUUCAAGAUCCAGACAAGUUUUCGUGCUGAAACAAACAAACAAAACAAAACUUAGGCUAUCGCUCUGUCGGUGAAGUGACUUCGAGCGGCGCAGAAUGUGUGACGGUGAGGCUGCGCUUGCUGACCUGACCUGACAGCCACCUGUUCCGGAGCCAAGAGUAUGACCUUAGCGCAGGCUCGCGUGAGGAUCGGGGCUAAGAAGAUGAACCCUCGCGGAAAGGCGCAGAACCCGGCAAGGCGUACGAGGAGCGCGCGCCGUUUGUCGUGAAGCGACCUCGAGGCGAAAAGUAAAAUAAAACCGCCGUAGCCGCGGGAACGAAGACGAGCCGAAGUCAUGGGGAUGCGACAUCUUCUGUUGCUCCUCAUAUCCUUAGACCCGCUGUGCGUGCUAAGCGCAGCCGUGAGCAAGAAGCACAAAAACGCGCCCAGACGAACUCCGAAGGUAAAAGAUGUGAACGGCACCCUCGCACCGACGGCGGUGCCGCGACGGGUCACGCAGCUCCACGCGCCUGUGGUCGGUGACCACGACACUUGUCUUGGUUACUACGACGUGAGCGGCCAAUAUGACAAAGAAUUCGCGUGCAACAACACCGACCACCGGUACUGCUGCGGGAGCUGCUUCCUGCGCUUCUGCUGUCCCGUGAGAGCCAAGCGCUUGGAGCAGAAAGCCUGCACGAACUACAACACGCCGGACUGGAUCAAAACGCAGCCGCCGUCCCCGGCGCCAACGGGCAACACGUACGAUCCAGCGCUGGAUCAGACCAACACUACCGUCUACAUCACCUGCGGCGUGGUCGCCUUCAUCGUCGUUCUCGGGAUUUCCGUGAAGGUAGCCUACGACAAAGCCACCAGACCUCCGCAGGAAAUGAACGUGCACAGGGCACUGGCAGACAUUUUGCGGCAGCAGGGACCCACCCCCAUGUCCCAGUACGAGGAGGAGAACAUGGUGACGGCUAUCGAUGGCUCUCCUAAAGACAGCACCCCCGUCUGCAGCUCCAAAAACCACUACACCCCCGUCCACACCAAAGCCAACCACGGGCAUCAUGGGAAGGAGAAUCUGCGCAGCGCUCAGGACAUUCACAGCUUCAUCUCCUCGGGGUUCGUCACGCUGGGGAGAGGGCACCUGAAAGCCCAGCAGUCUGUGGAUGAUUUGGGCCAGCUGUCCUGGCAGGCAGACCUGGAUGUUCCACACUCCUACAAUGACCAUCGUCAUGACUACGGGAGCCAUCUGGACCUCACUAGACCCCUCACACCUAAAAUCGGCCACAGAAUAGAGCACUACGAGAAGCCCCGGAAGAACCACAUCCUGACGUCCCAGACGGAGCCGUAUGACUUGUCUUUCUCCCGCUCCUUCCAGAACCUCACCCACCUCCCUCCCACGUACGAGAUGGCCAUCAAAGCAGACCUGAGUGAUAAAGACUUUGAUGACUUCUACAUGAAGAAGCACCUCCUCCCAGACGUGACCCCGCGGGGUCUCAAUCUUCAGCCCCACUUGAUGAAACUCGCUCCGGAGUCGCCCGGCCAGCGUCCGAGGCCGCGGCGCGUGCAGCGUGCCAUGUCACAGGACCACGUGCUGUCGCCCGUCCGGACGCCCAAGCCGUCGCGUGACCAUGCCAGCGGCGCCGUGCUGGGCCUCUCCCCAUACCACGGCCGCGUGCUGUCCCAGGAGCAGCUGCUGUCCCCCAACCGCCUGCACUCCCAGGACCCCUUGCUCUCGCCUGAGAAGAUGCUGUCGCUGCACCGCUCCAACUUCCGGGAGAAGGCCAUGGCCCGCGCACUGUCCCACACGGACGUGUUCAUGACCGGCGCGCCCGGCGCGCCCGGCGCGCCCGGCCUUGUCCCCGUCACGCCCGUCAGGGACCGCCACUACAAGAUGGCCAAGAUGCACUCGCAGCCCAGCACGUCGAACGAGGCGUACAACACGCUGAGUGUGGGUGGCCUGCAGACCGCCAGCAAGAGGCAGGCAUUUGCCUCCAGGAGGACACACACAGUGGACCACCUGCAGUACAUCCCCGGGCAUCAGCCUCACCAGUAUCGCACAGCCAGCAAGACGGAGGUGACGGUCUGAGUCUGGGGACGGAGAGAGAGGCAGAAAUAGAGGGGAAGAGAGAGAUGGAUAGAGAGAGAUAGAGAAAGAGAGAUAGGCAUGCAUAUAUGGGAAGAAGAGAUAGAGAGAACAGGAAACUAUGAAAACAAGAGGAACGUAAAAAAUUACAGCAUUACAGAGAGACGUUACAGUAUUACAGAGAGACGUUACAGUAUUACAGAGAGAUGUUACAGCAUUACAGAGAGUCGUUACGGUAUUACAGAGAGUCGUUACGGUAUUACAGAGAGACGUUACAGUAUUACAGAGAGACGUUACAGCAUUACAGAGAGUCGUUACGGUAUUACAGAGAGACGUUACAGUAUUACAGAGAGACGUUACAGUAUUACAGAGCGAUGUUACAACAUUACAGAGAGACGUUACAGUAUUACAGAGAGACAUUACAGCAUUACAGAGAGAAUUUACAGUAUUACAGAGAGUUGUUACAGUAUUACAGAAAGACGUUACAGUAUUACAGAGAGUCAUUACAGUAUUACAGGGACGUUACAGUAUUACAGAGAGACGUUACAGUAUUACAGAGAGAUAUUACAACAUUAUAGAGAGACAUUACAGUAUUACAGUCGUUACAGUAUUACAGAGAGACAUUACAGCAUUACAGAGAGAAUUUACAGUAUU